AUGGUCAAGCCCACGCCUUUCAAAAUUGCCGUUCCUGAGGAACAACUUUCAUGGAUCACCGAUCGCGUCAAAACGACUCGUCUUCCCCCAGGCAAAGAGCUUCCCGUCGAUAAGCAAUGGUCCUUUGGCUUGCCUAUUGAAGUGGCCACACACCUCAAGAACUAUUGGACUGACCAGUUUGAUUGGCGCAAAGUAGAAGCCCAGCUGAACUGCGAGAUGGACAUGUUUACGCUACCCAUCUCUCAUAACGACGAGGAUCUCACCAUACAUUUUGUGCAUCAUUUGUCACCCUCCGAUGACGCUCUUCCUCUAAUUUUCAUACAUGGGUGGCCGGGAAACUUCACCGAGGUGCGAUAUAUCAUCGAUGAACUCACAAAGCCAUCCUCGCCCGACGCCCAGGCCUACCACGUCGUUGCCCCAAGUCUUCCUGGAUACGGCUUCUCAUCCUACCCCAAAAAGCCGUUUGGCGUCAUCGAAAUGGCUGCAACGCUAAACAAGCUGAUGCUGGCGCUAGGCUAUAACCAAUACAUCGCGCAGGGCGGUGAUUGGGGCAGUCUUCUCGCGCGGGUGAUGGCGCUGGAACAUGAGAAACAGUGCAUCGGUAUCCACAUAAACAUGAUCUUCAGUUUGCCGCCAUCUGCUCUCUGGGCGCCUUUUGCAUUUGGCAGGCUUGUGUUUGGCUACUUGACGGGUUUCUGGAGCGAGUACGAGGCAAAAAAUCUCAAGCGAAUGAAAUGGUGGAUGGAUGAGGAAAACGGUUAUAGACAGAUCCAAGGAACAAAGCCGCAAACUAUCUCGUACGCGCUGACAGAUAGCCCGUUUGGGAUGAUGUGCUGGCUUCGCGACAAAAUGCAGCAUCUGAUUGACGAUGACUUUGUCUGGAAGGAUGAGGAGGUUAUAACAUGGGCCAUGGCAAGUCAACAGACCUAA